AACACCAUGUAUUUUUGUACCGUUUCGAACUUGGCGUGUCCAUAAUUCAAAUAUGGCGGGAACACUACUACAUUUGAACAUCCGUUGAUGGAGAUCAGGCCUCUUCCGGUCGCAUAGCACACCGAGCAAAAUGGGUAAGCCUCGUGGUCUUCGUACGGCACGUAAACACGUGAACCACAGACGUGAUCAACGCUGGAACGACAAAGAUUACAAGAAAGCUCACUUGGGAACGAGAUGGAAGGCUAAUCCAUUCGGUGGUGCUUCUCAUGCCAAGGGUAUCGUCUUGGAAAAAGUAGGUGUAGAAGCUAAGCAGCCCAACUCUGCUAUUCGAAAGUGCGUCAGAGUACAACUUAUCAAGAACGGCAAAAAGAUUACAGCCUUCGUACCCAGAGAUGGUUGUUUAAAUAACAUCGAAGAGAACGACGAAGUUCUAGUCGCAGGAUUCGGUCGUAAGGGUCACGCUGUUGGUGACAUUCCAGGAGUAAGAUUCAAAGUGGUGAAAGUUGCCAAUGUUUCCUUACUUGCGCUUUACAAAGAGAAGAAAGAGCGUCCCAGAUCGUAAGAUCGUUGUAAUGUAUUUCUAAUUGCACAUAUAAAAGAUUUGUAAAGAAA